CAUACAAUUAUAAAACCAAGUUUAUUUCGAAUUGACAUAAAAACGCGAGUGAUUUGUUAAGAUAUGCAUGUGAAAGACAAUUAUUGAAUCAUAUGAUGGCUAAGAAAGUUUUACAAAACACAACUCUAGUUCCAAAUUUACAAGACAUACUCCUGCUGCUUCUUCUUAGAAUGGACUUACCCGAUAUCAAGCCAGGACACAUUUCAUGAUAUUAACAAUUCUCACUAUUUAUAAAUUUUAUGUUUUAAGUACAAACAUUGCGACGUUGAUUUAUGAAAUUUUCGUUUUUAUUGACUUUCGACAAUUCGUGAGCUUCGUUAAAUAAUACUGUAAACAAUUCCGUCCGAAUUGCGGAUUCCCGCAAAGUUGUGUAGUUUGAAAAGCGAAGAUGUCGUUGAAACAGUGGUUGGCAUUGUUGAGUUUUUACGUGACAUACCUUUUUUUGGGAGCGAGCAUCUUCUACCAUAUCGAAAGUCGACUAGAAUUGGCCAGGAGACAACAAGACCGGAUCGAUCGCUAUGAAAUCCAUGCCCUGUUCUCCAAAUAUAAUUUUCCUGAUGAUCCAUCUGCCCAGUACACAAUAUUGUCCAAGUUGACGGAUUUUUGCGGAAGAUCUGUUUUCAACUAUACAGAAGCAGAUGACCGAGCUCCAUUUGUUUGGGACUUCUACCAUUCUUUUUUCUUUUCGUUUACGGUUUCCAGUACUGUAGGUUAUGGAAACUUGGCACCUAACAGUACCUUAGGUAGGAUGAUCAUGAUAUUCUAUGCCUUAUUUGGCAUGCCUGUUCAUGGUAUCCUAUUGACACAGCUUUCAAAUUAUUUUGGAAGAACGUUUACCAAGCUGUACAAAAAAUACAAAGCGCACAAAUCUGCGACAAAUUCAAACUACGAAGUUCUAAGACUCGGUUUAGCUGGACAAGUUCUUCUGUACCUUAUUCCUGGUGUAACGUUCUUCAUCUUCAUACCAGCUUGCUUGUUCGUUUUAUUUGAAGAUUGGGAUUAUGACAUCGCAGUUUAUUAUGCUUUUGUUACUUUGACAACCAUUGGAUUCGGAGACUAUGUUGCUGGCAUGCAGGAUAAAGGAUACGGUGCCUAUUUUGUUAUGUACAAAAUAUUCUUAAUAUUUUGGAUGACAUUUGGACUUGGAUAUAUUUUGAUGUGCAUGGGUUUCAUAUUGAGAGGACUUAAAUCGAAGCGACUUGCACGCCUGGAACAUAAACUUGCCAAUAAUCUUAAAAUAACACAGGAACGUAUUUGGAAUGGUGUUACGAGGGAUGUCGGAUAUCUGAGAAGAAUAUUGAAUGAAUUAUAUUUACCAGUCUACAAGGAUAAUCUGUCUAUAGCAAUGUUAGCACAUGGUCGCAGCCAAAGUUGUCCAGAUUUAACCAUGUAUUCAGAACCUUGCUCUCUGCCAUGUAGAAGACGUGCAAAUUCUGAGAGCCAGUACAGCGACCUAGAUACAGUAUUGCCUGACCUAGUGCGGGUUCAGUCCGACUCUGAACUAGACCGAGUUGACAAGAAUCGCACUUUCGGCCACCGCGGAUCAAUUGUGCAACCUUCGGAGCUAUUGGCUUGCGUGGUCGGUGCUCUUGGAGAUCUCGCCGAGAGAGAAGAAAGUGCUGGUAUCCAUGGAUUUGAUGAUGAGGACAUAUUGGCUUCAGAAAGAACUGACAGCUUAUGGAGCAUGGAGCCUAAAAUUCAAAGAAAUCGUGCAGCGAGUGAAUAUCGCAUCAGAGUACAACGUCCAGAGUACGUCGAUCCUUGCAACGAAUGGACAUGGUCUGGCCCUGCUGCUAAUGCUAAGCUGAAAGAAUUGCUGCAACUACGAAAUUCAGGAAGAGGUUCCAUUUCGUUCCCUAUCCCCGAAAAGAAGGUCGCACCACAAGUACCUCCAGAACCGCCCACAAAAAAUCUCUUAUCCCGCCUCAAUCCUUUCAAAUCCCGCCGCGGAAGCUGUAUACCCGCUAUUACGGAUGCUGAAGCAGGAGGAUUUGACGCUGUUAAAUAUAUACAAAACACACAGAAAGGCAGACCCAGUUUAUUCUCUUUGCCUCCGGAUGAAGGUAAAAGAUCACUUCUCGAAGAGACUUCAAUUGCAGAUUUAUUACGAGCACUUAAUACACUGCACGAACAAGACGGUAAUUUUGAGCCAAAACGCAAACUUGGUACGGCAAGUAUGACCCCACCUGAGAUGCCUAUGCAACCAAGACCUCGACGUUUCUCCUUACGUCCAGCUGGCUUUAUAACGGCACCAACAACUUCAACAAGUCGUCGGCCAUCGGUUGGUCUCAGCCCCUUGCAAGUUCGCAGAAACAGCCUUCUUCCACCACCGCCAUACAUAGAAGAUCCAUGGUCCAGAACCCCAAGGCGAUACUCCGUUCGUUUGGACGAACCAAUAAUGAGAUCCGAAAGAAGAGCUUCAUCCCGGUUUGAAGAUUCUUUACUACGAACAACUGGCAGGUCUUCCAUGCGUUUUGAAGACUUACUAGAAAGGAGCCCUCGAAGAUCUUCUAUCCGUUUCGACGAUCCUUUAGAACGAACUGCAAGAAGAUCAUCAAUAAGAUUUGAUCAGCCUUUAGAAAGAUCAUCUAGAAGAUCAUCUAUAAGAUUUGAUGAACCUUUAGAUAGAACAUCCAGAAGAGCUUCUAUACGAUUAGAGGAACCAGCUUUUAACCGAUCAACUAAACGAUUUUCCGUUCGUCUUGCUCCAGAGGUGAGAAGAUCAUCUUUGCGGCAAACGCCUUCUCCAUUUAUUGCUGCUAGAUUGGAAGGUAGAAGAUCGUCUUUAAGACCGUCUACUCAAAUUACGGGUCCAGUACAAAGGUCUUUAAAUGCUCGAUUGAGAUUGAAAAGUACCAACGAUGAAGACACUUCUGAAAAGAAAGAGUAA